AUGGGCGCCUCCACGACAGACGACAAGUACCUGCUGGUAGUCAAAUGUGAAGAUGGUCUGGUUGUUCCCGGCUCCUGGGGCAGCAGCGACGUUCGUGAAGGACUGCCUGCUGCAGUGAUUCGCCGUUCAGCGUGGGCCCAAUUUCAAGAACCCAGUGAUCGCGGAGCUCCACACGUGCUGAAGGCUCACCAUCACUUCACGACUGCUUGCUGCCCGUGGGCGAAUGGCACAGUGGAGGUCGUGAUGCGGCAGUUGCUGCGUCUAUUCCGGGCAUGUCUUAGCGAGUGGCGCAUGGCGCCCGACCUGUGGCCCGAGGCCCACCUCGUCAUCAUGCUCGUGCUCAACUCGCUACCAUCACCAUCCUUCGGCGAUACGGCCCCCGUGACCGACAUGUCUGGCCGUCCGGCAAUUUCGCCGGCUGACACUACGGCCUUGCUGGUUCAGAUCAUGUCAGCCACGCUGGCCGAUGUGGGAGAAGGUCAACGCGAGAACAUUGCCGCGACCCAGCUGGUGCUGGAAGAAGAUAGAAUGCACAAGCAUAUGUCGGUGGAAAAUGCACGGAAACAUGACCACUCGCGGCAGUACCACGACGAGAAGCAGGGCGUGAAGAUGGCCCAAAAGUAUGGGGCACUUGCGCCAGCAUUUGCGGACCAAGGAGUGCACCCUACCGUCGUUAUCGAGGUGACCAGCAACUGGAUCGAAGUCGAGAACCUUCUGACUAACGAUAUCCGUCCCGUCCACGCCAGCCGCCUAAAGUUCUGUGCGGGCUGUGACUUGGACGUGACGUCCGAGCUUCUCACCCACAACUUAGAAGGCUUCGAGGUGGAGGCAAUGGUUGACGCGCGGUACGUUGCCACAAUUAAGGAUCACGAGCUGUUCAUCAAGUGGUGCGGACCCCAAGACGUGGACAACUCGUGGGAGCCUGCCGACUAUAUCUUCGCUGAUGUACCCGUGAUGUUCAAGGCGUUUUGCAAGGCGGCCAAGUCGGCCGUACUGUAA